UUGGUGAAGUGACAUAACAACAAAAAAUUGUUUACAUUCAAGAGCGAAACAAAAGUCCUAAAAAUGAACAGUUUUCAUUAAUUUCCAUUAACAGUUUUCAUUGAGCAUUAAUUAAUCAACAAGAAACAAGAUCUGUUUGAGAAGAUGAAUUGUGUGAAACAGGAAUGCGUUGAAUUGUGUAGGAUAUGCGAAUCAACGGAAAAUCUUGUUGAUAUUUACUCGGAAACAUUCAAUCACAUCAACUAUAAAUUAAACAAAAUUGUCGAUUUUACGGAUAGUUCAAAUCCUCGGCUAAAAUUUGUUUGUCUUUCCUGUUGUGCAAAAGUCGAAAAUGCCUAUGAAUUCAAAAGUCAAUGCGAAGAAACCUACAAAAAAUUAUUGCACCAAAUUACAAACAAAAGCACUGAUGAUUCUGAUAACCAAUGCGAAGACAACUCGAUUUCCCCAGAAAAUGAUCAAGAAACAGACGAAGAGAACAAAAUCAAGAAGUAUGAUAGAUCAAUGAAUUUUGAAAUUGAGGAGGAGAGAAAAUACUCUGAUUGCUUUGAAAUUAUUGAUAUUUCGGAUGAAAAUGUUCAAAUCAACAAUUUACUGCAUCUCGAAAUGCUACCGGAAGUUGUGGAAUUCCUAAAUAAUCGUCAAAAGAGGAAGGACAAUGAAAACUUAAACCCAAAAAACGAUUUGAAGGAACCUUUCAAAACUACUAAAGUUAAUCAGGGCAAACCUAAAAGAAAAUAUGUGAAACGUAAGAAAAUAUGUUCUACUAAUCAAGAGGAUGAAGAUGGGAAACAGAAAAAUGGCGAACAAAAAGAUGGCGAAAAAAAAGAUGGCGAUCAAACAGACGACAAAGGAGAGCAAAAGGACGCCAAUGAAAAGACAACAGCAAAAAAAUAUGCCUCUAAUCGAAUCUAUGAAUGCGCUUUCUGUGGGAAAGUUCUAAAGAAGAGACAGAAUAUUUGGGAUCACAUUAAUAUUGUACAUUUGAAGAAAAGUCGAUACAAAUGCGAUAUUUGUGGAAUACAAUUCAGAUAUAAUACCGGUUACUACGUACAUCGGAAAACACAUUUUUUGCCAGAUGGAUCUCGAAGAGUAUUAAAUGACACAAAAGCUUGUGAAGAUAUUCUUAAAGUAUCCUGUGAAAUAUGCGGAAAGUGUGUUAAAAGAAACAGCCUGAAGAGUCACAUGAUCACGCAUCUUUCGAAACCACGACCAAAAAUUAUUCGAUAUGUCUGCCAUAUUUGCGGAUAUACUGCACCCGCUAAAACCCAAUAUGUGCAACACAUGAAUAUUCAUUCUGAAGAUAAAACCUACAAAUGUGACAAAUGUGGUAAAGGUUUUGCACAGAAGGUAUCACUAGUAUUUCACAUGAGAACCCAUACUGGUGAAAAGCCGUUUGCGUGUCAAGUUUGUCCAAAAACAUUCGUAUGUAAAGCCCAUUUGAGGAUACACACAAGGAUUCAUACAGAUGAGAGGAAUCACAAGUGCCAAGUUUGUGAGAAAGCCUUCAGGGUUUCAACUGCUCUGAAAUUGCACAUGAGACUUCAUACUGGAGAGACUCCAUUCCAAUGCCCCAACUGCUCUAAGAAACUACAAUUGCGAAGAUCCUUAAUGUAUCAUAUGAAACACUGUACUGCUCAAAAGACUGCUGAAUAAAUAAAUCUAUAGUUUUA